CUUUAAAUGAUUCACUUCUCGCGUGCGCGCACACACUACCACAGUUACCGCGAACAGAUGAUUUUUUUCUGGCAUCUCCCAUCACUGAGUGUGCGACUGCUGGUUUAUAGUUGCUGUAAUUAAUAACUGAAAACGGUCAAAUUUGUUUCUAAAUAUAGAAUACAAUUAUGGUACGAUAUUUUCUCAGAUUUUCGUACAUUGGUACGCAGUACAGGGGUUUGCAGAAGCAAGUUGGUGCAUAUUUUGUACAUGAUACAGAUUCUAUCCAAGGUGCUUUAGAAACUGCUUUAUCAACUAUUGUCCCAAAGAGUUUGAACGAGCCAGCUGUGGUUCUUUCCAGCAGAACAGAUGCUGGGGUUCAUGCUUUGUGCAACACCGGUCACGUAGAACUUAACAAUAAAUAUGAUAGUAUUUACAAUAUAUCAAGCAUAAAACAAUAUGUUAAUCGUUACUUUGCUAAAUGUAACCAUACUAUUAGGUUGCUAGAUUGCAUACCUGUCACAGAAAAUUUUCAUGCAAGAUUUUCCUGUAAGUCUCGAACAUAUAUUUAUAGAUUUAUGAUACCUAAAGUAUCUGGAGAACAACGAAGACCACUUGCAGAAACAACACACACUUACCAGUUAAGAACGAGUGAUUUUGAUAUAGACAGGGCAAAACGUGGCACACAAUUGUUUCUGGGAACGAAAGAUUUUACUACGUUUUCAAAACUUUCAAAACCCGAUUAUAAAAUUACUUAUGUUCGUUGUUUAAAUACUUUUACUUUAGAAGAAGCACAGCCUCUAAUGCCCUUUGAUCCGUUGUCUGAAAGGUUUACAUAUUGGCAUUUUGCAUGCAAGGCAAGAGGAUUUUUGUAUAAUCAGGUCAGACGAAUGGUUGGUGCUCUGAUUACAUUAGGAUUAGGAAAAAUAACAGAGAAAGAUAUCACUGUAAUGCUACAAGUUCCUUCACAUUAUAACUGGAAUCCCCGUGUUGUACCUGUACCAUCUAAUGGCUUACAUCUAUUGAAUGUGGAAUAUGAUCCAGAUGAGUUAAAACGUUGUACCAUAGUGGAAGAGCAUGAGCAAGAACCGUAUUCAAUAAAGCAGAAACACUAAA